CCCUUUAUUAGUGACGGGAAACGCAUCGCAUUUCACUCAGAUCUAAAAUGUCUCCGAUAAAGGACUUGAAUGUGAUUUACAUAGCGACCAACGAAGAUAAUACUUUCUCUCCGGGAGAUAUUAUUGUAGGCGCAGUGAUUUUCAGACUGACAAAAGACGUCAAAGUCAAGAGCGUUUCUCUGAAAGCCAAAGGAGACGCUGUGGCACAGUGGUCAGAGGGCAACACAAAAUACAUUUCACGAUGGAGAUAUUUCAAAGUGAAGAGCUAUAUAGUUGAAAAAAAUCCUCAAGGCACUGUACUUCCCCAAGGGGUCAACAGUUUAUUCUUCGCAUUUAAACUUCCAGACUGUGACAUGCCUUCAUCCUUCCAGAGUAAAAAUGGAAGCAUUUCCUACAUGUUGGAAGCAAAGAUAUCUAGGAGCUGGCAUUGGUCCUCUGAUGCACAAAAAGAGAUCAAGUUUAUGUCCAAGUCUAUUCCAUACACUGCCCAAAUGAUGUGUCCGCAAUCUGGUUCUGUGAGUAAAAACAUGGGUGGUCUCUCCAAGGGACAGGUCCAAAUGUCUGCUACUAUUAAUAGAGGGGUUUGUUCUCCAGGAGAAACUUUAUCUCUUGUUGCCAAAAUACGCAACUCAUCUUCCAAGGAAAUGAGGCCCAAAUUCAAACUUCAACAGAAAAUAGUGUACAGCUGCAAGGAACAUACUAAUCCUACCUUCAAGACUCUCUGCAAAAUGGUCGGGGACAUCAUCAGUCCAAACUCAGAGCAAACUGUGUCCUGCAAAAUGAAGAUUCCUGGUGAUGUUGCCCCCACGCUCCAGAACUGUGAUGUUAUCUCAGUUGAAUAUUAUGUCACGGUGUAUCUGGACAUUAGUUUUGCCUUUGACCCAGAAGUGACAUUUCCACUGGUCAUCCUUCCCUCCAGACUUGCUCCCAUUUGGCCUGAUGAGGCUGUAGGACAAUCUGUGGGGGAGGCUGGGGCAGCCAAAGCCACAAGUUAUAACAACUCGUCUUCUCCUGCUUUGCCCAUUGGAUUUGAUCCUGUACCUACAGGGUCAGGCGCUUGUCAAUCCCCCACCCCCAAUCCCCCUCAGGAUCAUGACAUAAAAAGUGGCAAUUAUAACCAGUUGCCUCAAGGUGCCACUUCACUGGGAAUCCCAGCUUCAGCUUCCACAGUGAAUUCAGUGCAGCAACCAGGUAUUCUGCAAGGAGAACCAUCUCCAUUAUUUACUUCCAUUUACCAGCAUCAGAAUUAGUGACUGUGGAAGCCAAACUGGAUUAAGUGAAUAAGCUAAAAAUUAACAAUGAGUGCCACGUACAUGUUAAACAGGGUAGUGAAAGUUCUGAAAAUCAGAAGUGAGACACAAAAGUUUGUUACCGCCUGUGUGUGGCUUUGCUGGGUGCUGAAACUAGAGCACAAAGCAAUUCAAAUUCAUGUGCAAAAGUGAUGUUUUUUCCUGUGGAAUGUUUUGUCAGACAGAUCCCUGCAAAAGUGAUCAGUAGGUAUGAGUGCUCUUGUUUAUAGCUAAGCUGCAGUGGUCAAUCACCUCUGAUAAAGCAUAUGUAUGUAUAUGUAUUUUUAUUUCAUUCAUUUAUUAUAUUUUUUUUUCUUCUGUUACAAAUGUAUCCCAAAGGUUUUAUACUUUUUUUUAAAAGAAAAAAGCUUUUAUAAUCAUCAUUGUAAACUUUGCUUCUUUUUUAAUCAUGUUGUUUAUCUAUUUUUUUAUUUUAAAACUUGAUUUUUGGAAACCUGGAAUGUAAAUAUAUUUGUCUGGAAAGUGCUUUUGGUUGACUCCUGUUGUAAAUGACCUAAAUACAUAAAAUUGACUUUCUGUAUA